AAAUUUUUCAUGGUUUAAUAGUAAUUCUAGCCUUUUUUCGACAUCAGGGCGAUACCUUACACAUUACUUAUGGCUCCUAAAAGAGUCGAGUUUUAUCUGAUCCUAGUCCUUUCGUUUACGCUUUUAGGUGGAUCCAUGGCACAGUCGAGCACGAACUGCACCAGCACACUCAUGACCCUCUCCUCGUGUUUAAGUUACGUUACUGGAAACUCGUCCACUCCAUCCUCCUCCUGUUGCUCGUCUCUUGGUAACGUUGUUCAGUCGCAGCCCCGGUGUCUUUGUCCUCUACUAAAUGGUGCUGGUUUGUCUUUUGGUUUAAAUAUAAACCAAACUUAUGCUCUGGCACUUCCCAGCGCAUGUAGUGUUCAAACUCCUCCCGUUAGCCAGUGUAAAGCGUCUGCAAAUGGACCGGCCUUUUCCCCUUCGCCUUCACCGAUCAACUCCCCUGCAGAUGGUUCUGACGAACCGGCUAAGAGUCCCACUACAACCACUAUUCCCUCUGGUCCUCAAGGAUCAGGAUCAAAGACAGAACCAAAUACCAGUGGGAAAACUUCUGAUGGAAAUAUCAUCAAAUCGCCGAUUCAUCUCGCGACGGUGUCUUUAUUCGUUGCAGCAACCAGGAUGAACUUUUAGGCUUCCUGAGGACUUUUGUGCUGGUUACAUUGUCUGUUAACAGAGUUAUUCUGCCUGUUUUGAAUGCUUAUAACCUGCUUAUAAUUGUUUUUGAAUUCACUUAUUCUCUAUUGUUUUCCAGAGUUUGUAUUAAGGAAAUUGAUUUUUCUUAUUUUGUCAUUAA